AUGGACUCAUCAAGUGCUUCCUCAUCCUCCACAACAUUCUUAUUACCAGACAGCCCGCCUCCGGAGAGGAAGAUGAACUUCUGGGAGCAGCAGAAGCAACAGCAGCAGAAGCGCCGCAGCACGGCUGCUACCUCGGCUGUUGCCUCCACCUCUGCUGCUGCCACCUCCUCCUCCUCCUCAGAUCCCUUGAAGAAACAAGGGAUCUUUGUACGUGAGGAGGAUGAGGAGGAUUCCUCCAUCAUCAUCCCAGACAGCAGCCCUCUCCCGCAAGCUACUUGGGCGCCGCGCCGAGCGACGCUAACAUCAGUGCCUGCCGCCGCCGCCGCCCCCAAGCAGUCAGUUAAGCGGAGGUUGUUUGUCGACGACGAUGAGGAGCCCUCCAACGUCCUCACUCAAUCGAAGAAACGAGUGCAGCUACAGGAGUCGCAAGACAGCUCAAUAAUGUCUCUGUUACGGGAGACGGAGGAGGGGGAGGAGGAGGAUGAAUUGGACAGGGAGACAGACGACUUCAUUCGGAUCAUAAAUUCUAGAUGUGAAAAGCCCUGGACACCUCUCCGGGAAUUGGAGGAGGGGUUACCAUACCCCAUCAUGGACGUCCGGGAGGCGUCCAACCAACAUGGACGUCGCAUCAUCUUAAAACUACACACUCCCGGAAUGAGGUCGACUGAGGUUUAUCUUCCGGAACGGUUUUCCGAAAUUGUAUCCUCAAACAAUGUUGAGAAGUUCAAAAAGAACUGCACAAAAUCUUGCCUUUUAGUCAAACAUGUUAAUCCUAGGUGGUCCGACAUAUAG